GAGCAGCUCACGCUCGAGUCAUCAUUCGCUGCCAUCUGCGCAUCUUUGACAUCAUCCGCCGUCCUCGCCUUGCACUUCGCCCCAGCCACCGGCAUCGGACCGCAUUAGCCCAGUCUAGCCCCAUGGAGGGGCCGCCGUGGAAGAAGCUGAAACUCUCCCUCGAGAGACCCUACAAGGACGACAACGGCGAACCAAUACCAGAGCUUCUGGAUAUCACCCCGGACGGACAUCAUAUCUAUCGUCCCCGUGAAGACCCGACUGCUGCAGUCGGAACCAGACUGAGGCGGGUGUUCUUGGAGCGCGGUAUUGAUUUCUUUGAAGCAGAGAAGGGCACGCAUACUACCCUCCGCGACUCUAAGGAUGCGCCGGAAGAGGGCGAUGCCACACAAGAUGAGGGGAAAGCUGCAGAGCCAUCCCACCUGAUGACUCCGGAAGAGCUCUACAAGAUGCGCGUAGAGCUGAUGAGUGCACUCUAGUGAGUUUCACUCAUGGUACUGGGCUCUAUGGAUAAAUUGACUGAACACAGCACCGCACAUGGAGAGAUGUGCCAGGCGAGAGACUUGCUCACCCUCCUUCUGUC